GGCGCCUUCCCGUGCGCGCCUUCCAGAUGUUGCCACGGGGAGUGGGCGUCCGAGGCUGCUCCUCCGCCCGGCCGGGAGCGCAAGGCGCGGAGCAGGGCGAGCCUUGGACCCGUGGAAGAGCCCGGUACGCGGCGAGGCUCCCCCCGGUACGUGCGGAGGGGAGAGGGAGGGGCUCCUGGGAAGGAGAAGAAAGCGGAGCUGGCUGCGCCCGUCUUUGUUCCCGGCGCCGCUGCAAGGCUGGCACGGAUGCUAUGGGCAUCAUCUGGGCAUCAGUCAGGUAAAGGGGGUGCAAUGCGAUCGCUGGGGGUGGGAGGGGGGUGUAGAUCCAGCUGGGGAGUGGGGAGAUGGUCACCGCUGGACGGGGGGUCCCUAUGCAGCAGCAGGCAGGGCCAGGAUGCCACGAGCAUCUUUGCGCACAUCUUGUGCGCGCACGGACCCAGGCUGCAAAGUCCUUGGGAAGCAAGGACUUACAUGGCACGGUUGGAGGCGGAGGAGUCAAACCGGGGGGGGGACGCUUACUCGUGCCCCCACCCCGCCUUACAACCCCCAGAGGACGGGAGCUGCUGGGGGUCGCUGCCUUCUGUGUCCCCACCGCCGCGCUCCGUGCGCCCUCUGCCUCCCCAGGAUUCAAGGACUGGGCGAGGGGUGGGGGAGAAAGUUGCCAAUUGAGGUGCCAGAUUCCCACAGCCCUCCCAGCACACAUCCAGCCCCCCAUUCUCAGGCACUGCCUUAGGCAUUCUUGGGCACUCUGGGGCUGAUGGGACUUGUAGUUCAAAGCAACUGGCCGUCUCCAGGUUGGUGAAUCUUUAGUCUAUUGCAGGAAUCUUUCGGGCAAACAUGGGGCUUGAACGCCUGAUCCUGAGUUUAAGAAUCCCAUAUUUUACCGACUGAGCUAUCCCAGAGGCUUUAUGAAAGUCGCAGAAAUCCUACGUUGGGCAAAGGAUUCCUGCCUUGUAUGGGGUUGGACUAGAUGACCAUAGAGGUCCCUUCCAACUCUACAAUUCUAUUAUUUUAUUAAAUAGGGCUGUGAAAAGGUAUACCAGGAGCAAUUUGCCUGCUUGGUGGUGUUGGAAGUCACAUUUUGGGGGCUUUUUUUUGAGCUCAAAACCUUAUAUAUAAUUGUGGAGUUGGAAGGGACCCUGAGGGUCAUCCAGUCCAACCCUCUGCAAUGCAGGAAUAUGCAGUUGUCCCAUACGGGGAUCGAACUCACGACUUUGGCGUUCUCAGCACCACGCUCUAACCAGCUGAGCUAUGCAUGCACCUUGUCUUCCAACAAAAUAUACCCGGAGGCAGCUUGCGUUUGCAAAGUGGCGAGGCAGAGAUGACUCUCUGCACAUGAUCAGAAGUGUGCUUGCUAGUUUCCAAGGGCUCGAUUCAGGCUAUCCUUGCUCCCUAAUCCUUCAAGAAUGAGCACAAAUGCAAGGUCUCUUCCCCGCUCCCUCCCUCCCUCGCUCAAUCUCUUGCUGAGCUCAGCCUUCCUCAAUAUGAGCAGAGCCAUAAGGGUCGCUGAGCAAUGUUCUCCGGCUCGCUAGGAAAACAGCUGGGAUUCUGGAGAGACGUUUUUGCAGAACGUUUCACGGCCACAAGCUCUGCGCCAGUGGAGGGAGCCAGAAAUAGACGCAGCUCCCGGCUUUGCAGAAGGAAAACCAAGUCCAGCCGUCAAGGCAAAACAAAAUGUACGCAGGGGGAGUUUGGCCUGUUCGUCUCAAGCAGCAACACCAGGAUUCCUAGCAGGGGGGUGGCUUCUGAAGAGAGGUGGAGGGGCUUCAAGUGGCUUCAAAGACUGGUCUCAUGGCCUGGUUGGAUGCAGAGGGAUGGUGGGAAGAACUGGCUGGGGAACCCCCAAGGGAAGGAGGUCCAGAGCCAGGGGGUGGGGCAACAGUGAGUGAUCAGAGGGAGAAGAGGGAGCAGACGGGGAGGAUGUGGUGUUGGGAGCUGGAGGGGCAACAGGGCUUAGUGAGCGGGAAGAGGCUGUGGCAGAGAGCGGUCCAGACUCAGAGGCUGCAGAGGAGAAGGGGCCAAGAGGCAGAGAUGGGUCAGGCUGAUGAAGAGUCACAGGGAUCCCCCUCCUGCUGCAACAAGCUCCCCUCCCGGCUGGUCUCCCAGGACCAGAAGAGGCACGAAAAGGGCAGAGGAGAGGUUGGCUGCACCCAGGCGCAGUCUCUGAUUGCUUGGGGAAAGCCCUGGAGAGGAGGGAACUUAGAUGGCUGUGGAGAGACAGGGACUUUCAGUCUCGGCAACUGAUCCAUGGGGCAAGACCUGCAGGGGAUGAGUUGCUGCACUCAUUCGGCCUGACACUUCUUUGCAGAUCGCACUUUUGCUAAUAGCGAGUUAACUCCAACUUGCACAGUGGGAUUUACUGCUGGCUCAUUCGUGAUCACUGGAGAAGGAGCCUAGCAUAGAUGCUGAGCGUCAUCUGUGCAUGCAUCAACAUCUCCAGACAGGACUACAAACAGGCUCUUUCUGAAGAUUCCAGGGAUUGAAGCGAGUGCCAUUCCAAAGUCUGUUUCUCUGCCCCAAAAGGGGGCUUUGUGGGGAACCCUCAGUGGGCUCACCACUCAGGGUACGUGCAGCUGUCCCCCAGACCGAUCACGUUCCUCAAAAACUGGCUGUAUAAAUUUCCUAAUUAUUUGUUCAGUGGACAUGUUUAUUUUGUGUGUGUCGUUCUGCAGGAAGCCUGGCAAAGGAAUGCCCCCUUCGUGCUUCCAAGCCUUUUCUGCAUCCACAUGAGAAGCAGCAGAGCCUGUGGACACGCUGCAGAUGGUAAUAUAAACUUUGGCAGGGAAAUACCUGAUGGAGGAACGCUGUCCCGCCACCCGUCCUGUCGCCCUCCCACCACCCAAAAAAACCCCUAUUGGCAGCUGUUAUUUGAAGAAGAAAUAUGUGAGUUUCGAUACCUGCUCCAGCCUGGAUUAAGAGCCAUGAAGUUUUGAAGGAGGCUGACCACAGAUGGAGGCAAGUGAGCCGAGAAACGCUGAGGGCUAGAAACACCACCAGCAUCAAUUUUUUCUUAAAAAAAGCCAUCCCGGGAGCAAGGGACAAAAAUAAACCGGAGCUCCCGGCAAGGAACAAAACAUGCAGACCUCCUCAGAGAGGAUAACAGAGGCCCAAUUUACCUUAUCUUAUGAUAUCAACAAACUCCCUUCACAGGGAGGGGAAGCGUCAAGAAAAAGCCUGAUUUCAAGGCCUUCUCCCGGGGCUGGGGGGACCGCGAGCAAACCUGAGGCGGGAGAACCGUAUCCCUCCGGAAGGGCUUUCUUCAAGCGGAGGUGCCCGUUCUGGCUGAAGAGGAAAGGGGCCGCCAAUCCGCCUCAGGUGGCCCCCAAGAGCCGCCUCUGCAUGGAGGCCACUCACGAGAGCCCCAUCCAGGCCGUCUGGAAGCCGGCCACGCGGGAAGACGCCCGAGGGCCGGACUCUGACGAGGAAUCUGUGCGAGGGAAAACAGGCACCUCUCUCCUCAGGAAACUCCUGUGCCUGAAGACACCCAGCGGCCCAGAGGCAGCACCGGCCCAGAGGGCGAGAGUCCAGUGUGGGCCUGUGGCCGCUCUCAGCAGAACCGCCGACCCACACGGGGAGUCUCCUCUGAAGUGGAAGCCCAGGGCUAAGGCCCCGAUCCCAGCAGAGGCCAGCUCCAUCGCAGAGACGGUGGCGGCCGAUCCGGUGGACAGGCUUGUUGGCUGGUGGGCGACGAAGCCAUGGAGAGCUUUCAGGGCCAUGCUGAGAUCCAGAGCCAAGAAAAGGUCGGUUCUCCCAGAGAGCAAGAGAAGUCCCAAGGCGGUGGAAGAACGGGAUAUUCGCCUCCCUGCAGAGCCUGAAACCUCGCCCAUCGCCAGGGUGGACGGAUCACCCCGUUUUUCACCCACGGAGGACAAAACUCUUGCAUCCGACGUAGGUGAAACUCAAGAGGAGGAUGAAGGCGAGCACCUGAGCUCCAGGUGUGGGCUGGAGAUCCAUGGGCGGACAGAGGAUGACAUUUCGGACCCUGCGACUGAACGGGAAGUGGACGAGCUCUGCACUUUCUUGAGCGAGGGAAGGCGGCUUCGGGAAGAGAGUCGAGGCCUCAGGGGCGUUUUUGAGUGGAGAGGAACUUGCCACCUUCCUGGGGGGGACGGAGUAGAGGCGGAAGACGUUGCAGACCAGGCCCCUGAGCUGGGAGACUACGGGUACUGGGCCGAGGCGUCGGACGGGGAGGAACAGGCUCUCGCCGAUCUCGCCGAAAACCCAGGCGGGCAGGGCAUGCUGAUGGCGACGAGAGAUCUGGGCUGGCUGAACAGCGAGUUGCUGGCAAGCCCAGUGGUUGGGUCGAAAGAAAAGCGGGGAAGGGAGGUUUCUGCCACAAGCAAUCCCGAAAGCAGAGAGAAUGGGCGUGUGGCGGGCGCCAGCAGAGAGACCCAACACAUCCUCCAGGAAGUGCUGCAUCUUAGCAGCUGCUCGGUUCCCCUGCCAGCCUCGCCACCUGGCAGAAGCGAUGCUCUGGAACCAGACCCUUACGACGCUCCCAGGGCCCACAUCGCGGAGGAAGAAAGAGCGCCAUCUCCUGGCUUCCCACAGACCCUGCUGACCCCGCUGGAGCCACCUCCCUCCUUUCCACCCAGAGGCCAAGGCCUUCAGGAGGGGCCACCCCUGUCAAGGCCAUGCCAGGCUCUCGCCGAGGACGGAGGAAGGGAAGUCUGCCAAAGGAGAGGGAGCUCUGGGCGGAAGCUGCCAUCGCCCACGGAGGAACCCGAGGCAGAGCUGGGAGAGGAGGACGACAAGCAGCGGCUGUACCAGGCUGCAGUGGAGAUUGUGGGUGCCGCCAUCGACGCCGCAGCAGAGCAGCUGGCAAAGGCGGCCGAGCGGGAGCAAGGGGAGCUGGGGUCCAGCAGAGAAUUUCCUUGA